AUGGAUAAAUCUUGGAUGCACAAGAGUAGAUUGUCUAAAGAUUAUGAGUUGGGUGUGGAAAACUUCAUCAAAUUUGGAUUUUCUAAUACAACUAGCUCCUAUAUUCGUUGUCCUUGUUUGAAAUGUGGGAAUUGUGAAAAACAUAGUAGAAAGGGUGUUAGAGAUCACUUGUAUGUUAAUGGUAUUGAUGAAAGUUAUAAAAUUUGGUUUUGGCAUGGGGAAGAACUUCCUAACUCAUCCUUCUAUGAUGAAUCUUCAAAGUUUGACAUCCAUACAUGUGAAGAUCAGGAUGUUGGAAGUGUAAAAGAAAUGAUUGAAGUUGCUCAUGAGGAGUAUUCAAAAGACCCAACUGGAUUUGAGAAGUUGCUUAUUGAUGCUGAAAAACCAUUGUACGAAGGAUGCAAAAAGUACACAAAGUUGUCUACUCUAGUCAAAUUGUAUAAUUUAAAAGUUAGGUAUGGAUGGAGUGAUACUAGUUUUUCAGAAUUACUUGAAACUUUGAAGGAAAUUAUGCCUAAUACCAAUGAGCUCCCGAAUUCAUUGUAUGAAGCAAAGAAAACAUUAGGUGCAUUAGGAAUGGAAUAUGAAAAGAUUCAUGCAUGCCCGAAUAAUUGUUGUCUCUAUAGAAAAGAAUUUGCUAAUGCAAUUGAAUGUCAUGAAUGUGGUCAAUCAAGGUGGAAAAACGUCAAGGAUACAAAUGAAAGGAGAAAGCAAAUUCCCUCUAAAGUGAUAUGGUACUUUCCAAUCAUUCCACGAUUUAAAAGGCUAUUCAGAAGCAUUGAAUGUGCUGAAAACUUGACUUGGCAUUCUACUGAAAGAAUUAAUGAUGGUAAGUUACGACAUCCAGCAGACUCUCCAGCAUGGAAGUUAGUAGACAUGAAAUGGCCAGACUUCGGUUCUGAACCCAUAAAUCUUCGUUUAGCAUUGUCAGCCGAUGGAGUAAAUCCUCAUGGUGACAUGAGUUCUAAAUACAGUUGUUGGCCGGUAGUGAUGGUUAUUUACAAUCUUCCACCAUGGUUGUGUAUGAAAAGAAAGUACAUGAUGCUAUCAAUGCUAAUUUCAGGACCAAAACAACCAGGGGAUGACAUAGGCAUAUUACUUAGCACCACUAAUUGA